CAAAUGUCUACACUGAGGGUUGCCUGAGUAUCAACGAUCUUAAUAGCCAUAAUGCGUCGUACUGUUCGAGUUUUGCACUCUGAAACGGUGGCGCCUUCCACUCCUCUUAAUACGGCUGUUGUUGGUCACCCAGUUGUCACAGAUCUGACCGUACGCAUCUUCCCUCCCACGGUUUCCCUUUCCACCUGCGAACUGGACCCGCGAAUAUGGCGCCGCAUAGAGAAGGAACUCUAUCUACGUACAUCUCAGCAGAGUGCAUGGCUGUAUGUAGCACUAGUGAGUGAGGAAGAGCUUGCAGCUGAGGACCUGUUGGUUAUGGAUAUCAGAGUCGGCGAGUUGCCUCCCAACCCUAGCUCCGGUGGUUCAUGGGAGAGUCGACCUGGCGGAAUCUGGGUGCUUAGAAGCAAGUUCUCUGGCAAGAUUGAUCAGGCUGUGACAGAGGUGGAUGUUCUCUUUGGUAAAGAUGCUGUUGACCCACGACCACAAUGGACUCUCAUGCAAUCGUCACUCCAACUCAACGCUCAGUCAGAGGUCCCGGUUGCAAGACUAAGCGUACUCCACGGCAGAGCCAAGCCCAGACCGAAUGCUCGAGCGGCUCUGAGAGUCGACCAGGAUGGCAGAUUCAAGAUCGUGCAGAUUUCUGACACACACAUGACCACUGGUGUUGGAGUCUGCAAAGAUGCCAUUGAUGCACAUGGGAAUUUUCGGCCAGAACUCGAGGCUGACACACUUACGGUAAACUUCAUUGGAAAGAUCUUGGAUGUUGAGAAACCAAACCUUGUGAUUCUCACUGGAGACCAGUUGCACCACGACAUCCCCGACAGCCAAUCUGCCCUCUUCAAGGUGGUUGCUCCUAUGAUCGAGCGUUCAAUUCCAUUUGCAGCCGUCUUUGGCAAUCAUGAUAGUGAGGGCAUCCACGCAUUAUCACGCACAGCACAGAUGUCAAUACUUCAGUAUCUGCCUUUUAGCCUCUCCGAGCCAGGCCCAGAGCAGGUUGACGGUGUAGGCAACUUCUACGUCCAGGUCCUUGCCCCCGCCCCAUCACAGUUCCCCGUAUCGACUUUAUAUUUCCUGGAUUCGCACGGUCAAAUACCGAGCAAGAUCUACAAAUCUGACUAUGAUUUCAUCAAGCAAAACCAAAUUGACUGGUUCGUAAACACUUCCCAAACGCAACGAAGCGCGCGUGAGCACGACAAUAACGAUAACCGCUUUCAUCUGUCUCUUGCUUUCCUGCAUAUCCCUCUACCCGAGUUCAAAGAAGAUAGCCAUCUUAGUAUACGAAGCGGCCGCCGGAGGGAGCCGACUGAGGGGCCCAGUUUCAAUUCCCAUUUCUACGAUGCUUUGGUUCAAGAAGGCAUAGCAGCAUUAGGUUGCGGGCACGAUCACGUGAAUGAUUUUUGCGCUCUGUUGCGACAACAAGUGCAGCAGGGUGGCGGAAAACCCCUUCAUACUGGCCCUUGGCUAUGCUAUGGAGGUGCCAGUGGAUUCGGGGGAUAUUGUUCGUACGGCAGAAAUCGGUUUCACCGAGGAACGCGGGUUUGGGAAAUCAGUACGAGUACUGGGAGCUUGGAGACUUGGAAGCGGGUCGAAUAUGCCAUGAACAGAGUCGAUGAGCUGGUCCUUGUGGAAAAUGGAACGGUGGUUGAUACACCUGGAGAAGAGGUGAAGACAGAAGCUGUAUAGUGAGUUGAAGCGAACAUCGCUGUAUGAUGCAGCCAAAAAGAACGAAAAAAAAAUAUAGCACUAGUGAGGAUUCAAGUAGUAGAAG